CAAUCCUUAAUUCCUUAUAUUGAUUAAGGCUGUGAAGUCUCUCUCUCUCUAAACACAGAUAAAACCAUGGCUUUGGAACUAUGGGAAACACUGAAAGAAGCCAUAACAGCAUACACAGGACUAUCACCAGCAACUUUCUUUACAGUUGUAGCUUUAGGGUUAGCCGCUUAUUAUGUGAUAUCAGGUUUUUUUGGUGGGUCUGAUAAUCAUCAACAUGUUCCAAGACAAUAUGAAGAGCAGAUGCAACCUUUACCUCCACCUGUUCAACUCGGUGAAGUCACCGAAGAAGAACUAAAACAGUAUGAUGGUACUGACUCUAAAAAGCCUUUGCUUAUGGCUAUUAAGGGUCAGAUCUAUGAUGUUUCUCAAAGCAGGAUGUUUUAUGGACCUGGCGGACCUUAUGCAUUGUUUGCUGGCAAGGAUGCUAGCAGGGCUCUAGCAAAGAUGUCUUUUGAAGAUAAAGAUUUAACCGGUGAUGUCUCUGGUCUUGGUCCAUUUGAAUUGGAAGCCUUGCAGGACUGGGAAUACAAGUUCAUGAGCAAAUAUGAAAAGGUUGGGACAAUCAAGAAAACAGUUCCAGUAACUGAUGGAACCUCCACCAGUGAACCUGCUGCAGAGGCUACAGAAAGUGAUGCUUCUAAGCCAGCUGAAGAUGGUCCAGCAGCUCCUGCACAUGUCGAAACCCCCGCUGUUGCUGAAUCCAAGGAGGAAUAGUGUUGCCUUCAAGUGCUCAUUUGAAGUCGGCGAAACAUCCCCAAUGAAGAAAGAGUUACUGUUUGAACGCAUGUUUUUGGUGGAUCUUGCCACUUGCAUUAUGUCUUAGCAUCUUACAUUUCUCAGUCAAAAUGCUCCUAUUAUAAACUUGCUUUAAUUUUCAAUGUUAACUAAUAAAUUGGUUAUAUAAAGUGUCUAUUUUAA